AUGCUCGCCCUCCUUUUUGCUAAAACGUUUAACACAGGUGAUCUGUUAAGGAAUAACGCGGAAAGCUUUGUAAAUGCGGAGUCCACCCCUGGAGGCUUAAUAUGGGGAAAAGCAUCAGACGGAUGUCUACUCAUACAAGGAGCUUCAGAAUACAAAAGGAUAAAGACUAAAGAUGAGACACCAGAUAACCGUGUAGGCAAAUGUCAAACGAGACAUGAUCGUACUGCUACUACUCACAGGACAUCUUCUAAACGUAGAAAACAAUCCGAAGGGGUAAGUCAAGCAAACUAUGCCAAAGUAAAAGCAGAACUGUCGAAAAAAACAAUCGAGGUGAAGAUUAACAAAACAUGUAGAGAAGAAAUGGGAUUCCUUUUCAUCCCGCACUCUUAUCUCUACGUUACAACGAAGGACUCCAAAGCGGCAGCCUUUAAGAUGCUAUCCUAUAUCGAGGAUAACGUCUUACCGCUUACCUGGAAGGUGUACCUGCCCGGAGAACCCCUGACAGCAACAAAGCGGGACGCAAGUGAGACGAAAUGGUAUAGGCGAGCCUUAGCAGAAAGCAAUGAUGGCUCGUGUGACGAUGGCCCUGACUUCUUUUCUGGGGGAAUUGACUCAGAAGAGGAUGAUCAGUCGGAGGAAGUGUCAGAGGAAUCAUCACAGGAAUCAUCGGAGGAAUCACCGGAGGAACAGCAGCUGAGGAACUCCAUCGACCGCGUGCUGAACGCGAUUUACAAAGUGGCUGAGGACGGAAGGAAGGUGCUAAUCACAGAGGAAGAAUUGAACAGCUCCCUUAAAGAGGAGCUAAUAAAAUACUGCCAACUUUUAAAGGAGGUAGACACAAGUGGAACUUUGGAGGAUCAUGAGAUGGGUAGUGAGAUGGUUGUCUUCGAUAACCUGGUAAAGAUGCUGCAGAAGCAUGGGAACGAAACAUUCUUUACUUUGCGAAGGAAACUGCGGAACCCAGCGCUGUGCAUGCAGAAUGUGGACGAGUGGGUGCUGAAGAGGAGGGGGCUGGCCUUGCCCGACUCGUCGUGCAAAGACCCAAGUGAGGAUGACACCAACUUGGGUGUAGAGUGCAAAUGGAUGCAAUUUGUAAAGAGUAACUCCAGAGGUGAAAACACCUACUGGUACAACGGAGAGGAAGACGGAAUAAUUAAUUUGGCGAAAUUGGAAAUGAGAUGUAAGCAGGUCUGCGGCUUUAACGGUGGGGAACACUCUGAUGGGGAGCAGUUUGAUAAGGAACACUUUGAUGAGGAACACUCUGAUGAGGUACAGUUUGAUUGGGAACACUCUGCUGGGGGUUACCUUGAAAAGUUGAAUGGUAAAGGCCUUUGCUCUCCUAAAGCUGAGGAAGAGGUGGAAUGA